GACGUUCCAUUCGCGCGCCGCCCGCCCCCGCGCGCUCCUGCAGCUGCAAAAGAAGUCCCUGCGCCGUCGGAGGGCGCGCUGCUGGCGGGGGCACGGCGGAGAGGGCGGCAGGUGAGUGGCAGGUGCCAACUCCGGGAUCCCCGGUGCUGCGUGCGAUUUUCAAGGAGGAGGUGCGGGCACCCACCUCCCAGGAGCCGGAGCAAAGGUAUUUUUUGGGGGGUGCCAGCUGGGCCCCGCGACCGUGGGUGCCAUGCAAGGUGCACGGCCCUCGCGCCGACCUCUGUGGGUGCCCGGCCCCUUCAUGGGGGAUUUUGUGGGUGCUCGGGCACCCGGGGAGUCGGCACCUAUGUUCGACAGUAUGCCAGUCUGUGCCACCCCAGAGGGUGCCUCGCAGCCGCCUCCCUUCCUCGCACGUCGGAGCCGCUGCCAGGAGAGCCUCCUGCCAUCUCUGCCCUGCCUCUGUUUCCCACAGGAUCGGGCGCAAGGGGGCUGGAUCGCCCCUUGGAUGCGCUGCCCAAAAAGCCAACUGGCAGAGGCAAGUUCUACAGGGGCAGCAGAUUCUGGCAUAGAUCUUGGCAUGGGUCCCAGGGGUCAUCUAGCUCAACCCCCCUGCAAUGUGGAGUUCAAACCCACAGCCCUAAGAUUAAGAGUCUCCCGUUCUACCGAGCUAUUUUCGCAGUAGCUUCCUUCCAUCUUCCCCGUUCCUUCCCUCACCCCUUUUUCCCUGGUGAGGAGGAGGGGGGCCUGUUUUGUCGUUCCCCUCAGGGGCCAAAAGGUCUUGGGCCGGCCCUGGGUCCAGGGGCAGGUGAUGAGUGGAAGAUGCAAUGGUACAGAGAAGGGGCAAACAGGGAACCGCAGGCAGCAGUAGCAGCUCCUUAGGGUGGCCGGGUGAAAAAGAGUCGCGCACAACCUGUAAGAUUUGUGUACAGUGGUACCUCGGGUUAAGUACUUAAUUCGUUCCGGAGGUCCGUUCUUAACCACUUUAGCUAAUGGGGCCUCCUGCUGCCGCCGUGCCGCCGGAGCACGAUUUCUGUUCUCAUCCUGAAGCAAAGUUCUUAAGCUGAAGCACUAUUUCUGGGUUAACGGAGUCUGUAACCUGAAGCGUAUGUAACCCGAGGUACCACUGUAGUUCUUCUUGUUUGGAUCAAGCCUAAUAGGACAAUUCCAGAGGAUGCUGAAGGACUACAGUGGUACCUCGGGUUACAUACGCUUCAGGUUACAUACGCUUCAGGUUAGAGACUCCACUAACCCAGAAAUAAUGCUUCAGGUUAAGAACUUUGCUUCAGGAUAAGAACAGAAAUCGUGCUCCAGUGGCGCGGCAACAGCAGGAGGCCCCAUUAGCUAAAGUGGUGCUUCAGGUAAAAACAGUUUCAGGUUAAGAACGGACCUCCGGAACAAAUUAAGUACUUAACCUGAGGUACCACUGUAUUAGGAUAGCUCAGCUUUUAGAGCACAAGACUCAGAAUUUCAGGGUUAUGGAUUUGAGCCCCAUGUUGUGCAAAAGAUUCUUGCGUUACAGGGGGCUGGACUAAAUGGACCUUGUGACCAUAGCUUUCAAUGUUUUAAGGGGAAUUCCCUUAUUCCGAGGACGCGGGUGGUGCUGUGGGUUAAACCACAGAGCCUAGAGCUUGCCGAUCAGAAGGUCAGCGGUUCGAAUCCCCACGACGGGGUGAGCUCCCGUUACUCGGUCCCUGCUCCUGCCAACCUAGCAGUUCGAAAGCAUACCAGUGCAAGUAGAUAAAUAGGUACCGCUCCAGCGGGAAGGUAAACGGCGUUUCCGUGCGCUGCUCUGGUUCGCCAGAAGCGGCUUAGUCAUGCUGGCCACGUGACCUGGAAGCUGUACGCCGGCUCCCUCGGCCAAUAAAGUGAGAUGAGUGCCGCAACCCCAGAGUCGGUCACGACUGGACCUAAUGGUCAGGGGUCCCUUUACCUCUUACCCUUAUUCCGAAUAGGAUUCAUCGCAAGAAAAGGGGAAAGUUGACAGCUAUGCCUUGUGACCCCCAUCGAACAAUUCCAUGAUUCUUACCUCCUCUCCCACGGGGUGAUGUGGUAGUGAUUGGUAAUAAUUUUUAUAAUCUUGCUACAGGUGUUUGCCUCUUUGUUUAGCCAGCCAAGUGCCACACUUUUAAAAUUUGGGUGGAAAAUGGUGCUGAUUCUGCUUAAUUGAUUGUGAUUUUAUGUAUACUGUGUUACUUUUAUUGUUGUUAGCUGCUCUGAGCCUGACUUCGGCUGAGGAGGGCGGGAUAUAAAUAAAAAUUAUUAUUAUUAUUAUUGUUGUUGUUACCGUUGAGUACCCCCAGAAAAAAAGCACAGCCAAUUACUAAAUUUUAUGCACUGUGUUCUAAUGUCUAAGCUACUUUGAAGGGGGUUGGAAAGCAGCUCAUAUAAUUUAUUUUAUUUUAUUUUAUGAAGGAUUUGCCGGUCAGCUGCUGCAAGGUGGUAGUGUGUUUGUUCUGUCUCGUAGUGUUGGAAAGUGGGAAGAAGGAUUGGAGAUGCACCCAUCUGCUUGUUUAGUUACAGCUUUUUCCAUACACACCUGCUGCAUUGCUGUUUUAAUAGUAAGUAUGAACCAUGUGUUUCUAGUUAUUUGACAAAAACAAAGAAAUGCAAUAUAGUAUUUGGAACUGUGUGUGAAAGAACAAUAGAAAUAAUAAUACAAUGAGUCUAAUCGGAAGUUAAAUGUAUUUAUUCUUUCUUUUUGAUUCUUUUCAUUAUUGAUUUCUUUUUCCUUUUUCCUUUUUUCUUCAUGAUUUUCUUCUCUUCUCACUUUUUCUUUUUUCUCUCCCUCCUUUUUCUCUGCUAGGAAAGGGACAGAGUUAAAUAUGAAAAGUUGACUAAUUCGAAGCGAAUAGUUUGUUAACUAUUGUUAAAGAUGGUCCGCCAUAGCGAAUAGCGAAUUGAUGUGUUAGUUAUUGGUGAUUUAUUGUUAUUGUUGAAUCUUAGAGUAAAUUUAUUAAUAAAGAAAAAAGAAAAAGUGUACUAGAGGCUAUCCCAGUUGGUUGGUUGCCUGAAUUAAAUUUCUGGUUACUGGAGACAACUUUUGGACUGUGUUUUUCAAACAUCCUAUUAUGGCGCACAAGGCAAGCUGCGAAGAUGGGUUUGUGCUCCUGGUAACAGGCCUGCCGUGGAGAAGACAGCCUCUGUCUUCAGCCUGAGUGUCAAGCUGAAAUGCCUCAUUAAAAAGGGAUAACGAGCGGCUUCGUCUUGCACAUGGUGACGCUGAUUUCUCUCUCGUAGCCAAGCGAUUCAUCAGCUGCUUGAACCCAAAUGGAAAAGUAUGAGAUCCUUGGGCUGGUGGGAGAAGGAAGCUACGGAAUGGUGAUGAAAUGCCGGAACAAGGAGACCGGCAGAGUCGUUGCCGUCAAGAAGUUUCUGGAAAGCGAGGAUGACAAAAUGGUUAAAAAAAUCGCCAUGAGAGAAAUCAAACUUCUCAAGGUGAGCUUGCUGCUGGGGAUCUUCAGAAACGUGUAGCUCUUUUCUUUAAUCGGUGUAAGUUUCCUGACUUUGGAUACUCAGAGUCAAAAGUCAGGUUUGCGCAGAACAAUUGCCAGUAUCUAACUGCAUUAUAUGGGAUGCGGGUGGCGCUGUGGGUUAAACCACAGAGCCUAGGGCUUGCCGAUCAGGUCAGCGGUUCGAAUCCCCGUGACGGGGUGAGCUCCCGUUGCUCGGUCCCUGCUCCUGCCAACCUAGCAGUUUGAAAGCACAUCAAAGUGCAAGUAGAUAAAUAGGUACCGCUCUGGCGGGAAGGUAAACGGCAUUUCCGCGUGCUGCUCUGGUUCACCAGAAGCGGCUUAGCCAUGCUGGCCACAUGACCCAGAAGCUGUACACCGGCUCCCUCGGCCAAUAAAGCGAGAUGAGCGCCGCAACCCCAGAGUCGGUCACGACUGGACCUAAUGGUCAGGGGUCCCUUUACCUUUACCUAACUGCAUUAUAUAACAGUAAUGUCAUAUAUGCUUUAAGAAACAAAUAUGAUUCUAAAUAACUUCCGUAGGAGGUAUUUUUGAAUGGGCCUCUGCUCCCAGCUCUCUUUAGCCCCACAAUAAGAAUUAGGUGGAUUUUUUUCCCUACAGUCUCCCCGCCCCCCCUUAGAAUGCAGUGCCCGUUUGAAGGUAGACAGGAGCAAGCAGGUGCAAAGUUGUUCUGGGAACGCAUUUUAUCUGCAUUCAUUCUGCAGCUCAGCUCUGAUGUUAUACGUUUAGGCAACUUUGCGGGUGGCUUCUGGUUUCUGUAACUCCAUAUGGUAAGAUUUUUUUUGAUACAGCUUCCCACAUGGCCUGGGCAAUUGUCGUGCUAAUAUUGGGCACAUAUACCGUAUUUUUCCGUGUAUGAGACUAGGUUUUCCCCCUUAAAAAUAAUGUCCAAAAUUUGGGGGCCUCUUAUACAUGGAUAGAUCUCUCCCCAUUUUCUUAAAUCGGAGUCCCCCCAAAUAGGGGUGUCUUAUACAUGGGUGCGUCUUAUAGACGGAAAAAUACAGUAUAUGGGCUGGUACAAAUGCACGCAUUCUAAUCUGUGCUUGAAAGAUUGGGAACAGGAUUAUGUGUUCCCUUUCCCCAACACCUCCACUCUCCAGAACGAAAAUCCCCUGCUCACCUUAACCAUGGUUAAUUGGUUCUUCUGCAAUAAGUGCUAACCAGGGUUUCAUCUUAAUCAGACUUUGAAACUGACUGCUGUGGUUAAGAUGGAACUUGAUUAGCAUUAACUUCCAUUUACACCAGAUCUGAUGCAAUGCUUUGCUGAAGCAGCACUACCCAGAACUAAGCCAUGGUUUGCCUCAGCGUUCUAUGAAAACCCGGGCUCAUGGUUUGUCUCACUCCCAGCAAGCCACAAGUUGUAACGAAGGUCUGAAGUUGAAUCCUGGCAAGACAGAAGUACUGUUUUUGGGGGACAGGGGGCGGGCUGGUGUGGAGGACUCCCUGGUCCUGAAUAGGGUAACUGUGCCCCUGAAGGACCAGGUGCGCAGCCUGGGAGUCAUUUUGGACUCACAGCUGUCCAUGGAGGCACAGGUCAAUUCUGUAUCCAGGGCAGCUGUCUACCAACUCCACCUGGUACGCAGGCUGAGACCCUACCUGCCCGCGGACUGUCUCGCCAGAGUGGUGCAUGCUCUAGUUAUCUCCCGCCUGGACUACUGCAAUGCGCUUUACGUGGGGCUACCUUUGAAGGUGACUCGGAAACUACAACUAAUCCAGAAUGCGGCAGCUAGACUGGUGACUGGGGGCGGCCGCCGAGACCACAUAACACCGGUCUUGAAAGACCUACACUGGCUCCCAGUACGUUUCCGAGCACAAUUCAAAGUGUUGGUGUUGACCUUUAAAGCCCUAAACGGCCUCAGCCCAGUAUACCUGAAGGAGUGUCUCCACCCCCAUCCUUCAGCCCGGACACGGAGAUCCAGCUCCGAGGGCCUUCUGGCGGUUCCCUCAUUGCGAGAAGCAAAGCUACAGGGAACCAGGCAGAGGGCCUUCUCAGUAGUGGCACCCGCCCUGUGGAACGCCCUCCCAUCAGAUGUCAAAGCGAUAAACAACUACCUGACAUUCAGAAGACAUCUUAAGGCAGCCCUGUUCAGAGAAGUUUUUAAUGUGUGGUAUUUUAGUGUAUUUUUGGUUUCUAUGGAAGCCGCCCAGAGUGGCUGGGGAAACCCAGCCAGAUGGGCGGGGUACAAAUAAUAAAUUAUUAUUAUUAUUAAUAUUAUUAUUGUUGUUAUUAUUAUUAUGUUCUUGGCUUAUAGCUUGUGGGUUUUCUGGGGAAUACAAACCAUCAUAAGCUUUGGCGUGCAUUCAGCACUAAAGCAAACUGUGGCUUAGCGCUGGGUAGCAUGGUAGCAACAGAACGAGGGCAGGCGCCAAGUCGCCACAAUUUUAGCUCUUGAGUACGCACACAUUUGCUUGUUCGUGUUCAGCCACAGUAUUGCUUAGCAUUAAAUUCAAAGAAGCCACUACGUUCUAAACAUUGUUAGGCAAAGAGGGCUUCCCUCCGACAAAUUCCCUAAUACAAGUUAGGCGCCAGAACCAGGGCAGUUCUUAACUUUCAGCCUCUUCCGUCAAUUACAUUUAGCUGUAUGUAUUAAAGGUUGUGAUUCUAGUACCGUGAAAUAAACUAUAUAAGAGCGUUUGUCGGGAUUGCUGGAGCAUGUGAAGCAUUUUGAGUAACUUUAAAAAGCAUCGUGUGAAAACGAAAGCUGCAAUCCUAAGUCAUGUCUACUUGGGAGUAAGCCCUGUGGAACGCAGAGGGACUUGCUUCCAAGUAAACAUGCACAGGAUCAGGCUGCAAAUAUUAUUCUCUAUUUCCUUAGCAUUGUAUGUAUCCAAGGGGCAAUUAUAGUGAGUGUUUUCAGACUCUCUGUCUGCUGUAGUUUUGUGACGCAUUUGCUGUCUCCUGAUAGCAAUUAAGGCACGAGAACUUGGUGAACCUACUGGAAGUCUGUAAGAAGAAGAAACGAUGGUAUCUGGUGUUUGAAUUCGUGGACCACACAGUCCUUGAUGAUCUUGAGAUGUUUCCAAAUGGCCUGGAUUACAACAGAGUUCGGAAAUACUUAUUUCAGAUUAUAAAAGGGAUAGGAUUUUGCCAUAGUCAUAAUGUAAGUAAGCUGUUACGUCCGCUUGGUUAUUUGUGUUGCUGUGCUGUUUGUUCUUGGUCGAACACAUCAGAUUUAUCGAUUCAAGGAUCUGAGCUUUUAGUUUCAAAUAUAUGUUGCAGUAAGGGACGCGGGUGGCGCUGUGGGUUAAACCACAGAGCCUAGGACUUGCCGAUCAGAAGGUCGGCGGUUCAAAUCCCCGCGACGGGGUGAGCUCCCAUUGCUCGGUCCCUGCUCCUGCCAACCUAGCAGUUUGAAAGCACGUCAAAGUGCAAGUAGAUAAAUAGGUGCCGCUCCAGUGGGAAGGUAAAUGGCGUUUCCGUGCGCUGCUCUGGUUCGCCAGAAGCGGCUUAGUCAUGCUGGCCACAUGACCCAGAAGCUGUACGCCAGCUCCUUCGGCCAAUAAAGCGAGAUGAGCGCCGCAACCCCAGAGUCGGCCACGACUGGACCUAAUGGUCAGGGGUCCCUUUACCUUUACCUAUAUGUCACAGUAGUAAGAGUUAGUUCAAAUUACCCAAGUUAACAAUGGGAAUUAUCAUUGCAACAAACCUAAUUUUGAGUGUUAGCUGGGUAGAAUGUUUGCUAGAUGUGCCGAUUCCAUCUACUCAAAAUACAUUUGCUUUUGAAUUUCUAAGAAUUUAGGAAAUUCUGAGAAUUUCUGAGAAUUUAGGAAUUUUGUGGUGUAAUUUCAGGGUUUUCACUACAGUCUAGACUGAUGUCCUCGGUAUAGAAAAAACUGAGGUUCUUAAACAUCUUGCCAUCUUUUUUUGUCAAGGAAAAAUGGUUUGGCCUCAUAAUUUAAGAUGCAAUAUAACUUCAGCCUUAUGGCACAAUAUGGAUUCCUCUGGAAAAUAGGCAUAGAUGAUAGCAUAUGAAUGUUUUUGCAUGUAGAUUUUAUUCUCAUGUAAGGUAACAGUUUUCAUAGUCUCCUCUUCUUGAACAUUCAAAAAAUCUGCUUCUAAAUUUUUUGUGGUGGGGAUGAGGGCUGCUGUGUUGCUGGGGAUGUUGCUUUUGUUUCAAACAUUGCAAGCUCUGGAUGGGAUGGAGGGUCUCAGGAGGUGGCAGAGGGAUGCUCCUAGAGUUGUUUGGCAGGGCAGGAAGCCUCGAGUUAAACUUAAGAUAUUGAUGGAUGCUAAAGAAGGAGGUGGACCUGCCCUGCCAGACCUUUAAACUUCGUUGUGAACCAUCUGCCUUUUGCCGGUUGAGAGAAUGGUUGCUUCUUGAAAACACUGAAGUGUUGGACAAUGGCAGACGAAGUUGAUGGACUAUAGGGAAUUGGCGGAAAUGACUGGCAAGAUCCGAGACCAGGGUGAAGAGUCGGUGGAAGAAGAUUGGAAAAAGUUUAAAGACUAUUUAUAGAAAUAUUGUAAAAUUAAGGAAUGUUAGAAAAAUGUUGGAAUGAAAUUACAUGGCUUUAGUAGAAAUGUCAUAAGGAAUUAAGUAUAAAUAGAUUAAUAGACAAUUAAAGGAAAAGUAUGGCAAGAAUGUGUUAAGAUAAUUAUAGAACAGAAAACAGAGUAAGAUCGAAAGGAAUUGCUGAAACAAAUAAUAGAAGUGGAAUACGAAAAGGGAGGUGUGAGGAAGUCGCUGGAAAUAAGUAAAUGAAAUAUAAGAUAUUGAAUGAAAUUUGAUUUAUUUUAUUGUUGUUGCAUUGUUUUGUUAGUUUAAUGUAUUGUAUUGUAUGUGUUUUUUCUUUUCUUUUAGUGUUUAAAUUUUUUGGAAAAGUAAUAAACAUUAUUUUUAAAAAAAAACAAAAACAAAAAAUCUGCUUCUAGGAUCAGGAACACAGUGUUUUAAAAACACUCUGCAUAAUCUGGAAGCCUGAGAAACAAUAUUUCUGAUUGUGUGGAGAGCGCUUUUAGUGCAGGGACAGUACAUAUGCCAUUUUACUUCAUUCCGUACAUGUUAAUGGAUAAAAAGGAAUCGCUUCAGGUUUUUUGCCUUCUUGUAGCAAAUUUAUAUUAUUAUUUUAUUAGUGUGCUUCAAUUUGCAUUAAUAUAUUUAAAGCAUGGUAUGUGAUGUGAUAAAGAUGGAUGUUUUUUGGCCAGUAGUUGCAAAUCGUCACUCGAUAUUGCAGUCAUCAAAUUUGGAGUGUUUCCAUGUGGACUAGCCGGCCACCUUGGUGCUUAAGGGCAAAGAACCAGGGCUAAUCUAAACACACGCAUUCUGCUUUUUUUUUAAGAUCAUACACCGAGAUAUUAAACCUGAGAAUAUAUUGGUCUCCUAUUCUGGAAUUAUCAAACUCUGCGAUUUUGGAUUUGCUCGAACCCUGGCAGCCCCUGGCGAAGCUUACACAGAUUACGUGGCAACGCGAUGGUAUCGGGCUCCUGAGCUGCUUGUUGGAGAUAUCAAAUAUGGCAAGUAAGGAAUCGUAGAAUACGGUAUUGGGUUUCCCCUACAUUUCCAGGAAUAGAUCAUUAUUAUUAUUAAUGACAACAGAAAUGUUGCUGUUCAAGCUCAGGGGGUGAUAAAUUGCAGCCAAAGCAAGGUUUGGUCACUGUAGGGAGGCUGGUUUUGGCACCAUCCCUGUAAUUAUUAUUAAUUACAAUUAAUGAAUUACAAGUGGCCUCCCCAGCCACUCUGGGCAGCUCCCAACAGGAUAUUAAAAACAGAAUAAAACAUCAAACAUUAAAAACUUCCCUAAACAGGGCUGCCUUCAGGUGUCUUCUAAAAGUCAGAUGGUUGUUUAUUUCCUUGACAUCUGAUGGGAGGGCAUUCCACAGGGUGGGUGCCACCACCGAGAAGGCCCUCUGCCUGGUUCCCUGUAACCUCACUUCUCACAGUGAGGGAACUGCCAGAAGGCCCUUGGAGCUGGACCUCAAUGUCCAGGCUGAACAAUGGGGGUGGAGAUGCUCCUUCAGGUAUACUGGGCCGAGGCCGUAAUGAAUAUAAGCUGCCUCAGUGUAGCCAGUCACAAUCAGCUGCCUGUUACUGUUGUAAAACGUAUUUUUGGUGGAGCUGUCUCUAAAUAUGGCGCCUGUUUUCCCUCCCCAGGGCUGUUGAUGUGUGGGCCAUUGGCUGCCUGGUAACAGAAAUGCUUACCGGAGAGGCGCUUUUCCCUGGAGACUCGGAUAUUGACCAAUUGUACCAUAUUAUGAAAUGUUUGGGUGAGAAAGCAUCCCUUGUUUUCUUCUGUGAAGCCAGCAGAGAUUUGGAACCUUCAAGCUCAUAGCGAAGGCAGAAGAAAGAGAGCCUGAAAUACUUAGGUUGUUGGAUAAGAUUAUGUUGAUCAGUUCCUAAAUCCUUCAGGGUCCUGGCUUGGUAAAUCCAGAUGGCCCUUCUGUGAGUUGACAGCAAGAGAUUUUGCACGCCAUUAAGGAUGGCAGAGUGCAAUAGGUCUGAUCCAUGUAGCACAACUGGAUUAUGAUUAGUAAUAAUAAUUCAUGAUUAAAGGUAAAGGUAAAAGGACCCCUGACCAUUAGGUCCAGUCGUGACCGACUCUGGGGUUGCGGCGCUCAUCUCGCUUUACUGGGCGAGGAGCCGGCGUACAGCUUCCGGGUCUUGUGGCCAGCAUGACUAAGCCACUUCUGGUGAACCAGAGCAGCGCACGGAAACGCCGUUUACCUUCCCACCAGAGUGGUACCUACUUAUCUACUUGCACUGGUGUGCUUUCGAACUGCUAGGUGGGCAGGAGCAGGGACCAAGCAAUGGGAGCUCACCCCAUCACGGGGAUUUGAACCGCCGACCUUCCUAGUCCUAGUCCUAGACUCUGUAGUUUAACCCACAGUAAUUUAUUAUCAGCAGCAACCUGUUUGUCUCCAGGACACACAGAGUCGAUUUGCAGAAUUAAAGAAAGCAAAUAAAAGAAAAACUACACAGCUAUCCUAAAGCAAGGUAAUCGGAAACAGUGGAUUAAAACACCAGGUUCAAAGCCAAGCGCAGGGAAGUAGCAGAAAACUCAGGGAUCAAAUAAUUUGGCUUAAGCUGUCUGCAGUUUUGCGUUCUGAAAACUGAACAGUCUUAUAAAUGAUUAUUAAUUCCAGGUAACUUAAUCCCAAGGCACCAAGAGCUGUUCUACAAAAACCCUCUUUUUGCUGGAGUGCGGUUGCCUGAAGUCAAGGAACUCGAACCGCUUGAAAAACGAUAUCCCAAACUCUCUGUUGCCGUCAUAGAAUUUGCUAAGGUACGUGCCUUGCCGAUUCCGUAGCUUUCCAUUUUGUUCCUGUUGGCAAAGCCUUCUGUUUGCUUUCAGCAGCCAGCCCUUGAUAAUGAGUUAGGAAGAUUGAGAUCAGUGGGAACUUAACUGGGAGCUGAGUCAGCCUACCCAGAUUUGCUUUUGUUCAGGGGCUAGAGGCCUUUUCAGACACAGAAAGGAAUACAGCUGUCCAGUAUCAGCCCCUGAGAUUGGCAGGAAGUAUAAAGCCCCUAAAUUAGCCAGGCCUUGUAUAAAUAAAGGUAAAGGGACCCCUGACUAUUAGGUCCAGUCGUGGUCGAUUCUGUGGUUGCAGCGCUCAUCUCGCUUUAUUGGCCGAGGGAGCCGGCGUACAGCUUCCGGGUCAUUUGGCCAGCAUGACUAAGCCGCUUCUGGCGAACCAGAGCAGCGCACGGAAACGCCGUUUACCUUCCCGCUGGAGCAGUACCUAUUUAUCUACUUGCACUUUGUCGUGCUUUCAAAUUGCUAGGUUGGCAGGAGCAGGGACCGAGCAACGGGAGCUCACUCCAUCGCGGGGAUUUGAACCGCCGACCUUCUGAUCGGCAAGUCCUAGGCUCUGUGGUUUAACCCACAGCGCCACCCGCAUCCCCUCGUAUAAAUACCUGAAGCCUAACCUGUCCUUGCCUAGUCAGCAGAGCAGUACCUCUCUGUUUGCUGCUCUCAAACUCCUGUCAUGCAUACGCACAUUAUAAGCUGUGAUGCGCAUGUAACACACUAUAUAUUCCAGUUGUUUAUUAGCUGCUUAUCAGGGUCAAGUCCUCACAAAGCAGUGGAGAGACAGAAAUAAAGCAACAGAACCUCAGGCAAUGAAUGAAGCACUGAGUGAAUGGAGACAAACCGGGGCAUGACAGCUGCGGAAUUAGAUAGCCACAGUUCCUUUAAGGAGAGGCAGUAGCAAAAAGUUGUGGUUUUAAGGCCCGAAAGCGGUCCAGAACUGCAGGGCUACCAUCAAGAAGGCCCCGUAAUCUCAUGUGCUUGUCGGCCUAACCAGUUUCACCAGUGGGCACAUAAUGUCGUAUGUGUAGUUACGUCUCAGCCAUAGAGUUUGUGACCGACAGUGAGACCCUAGCCUAGAGAAAGCUGCAUUUUCUUUCUCUAAAAGUCAAUGGUAAAUCAUUUCUCUCUCCUUCCUUCCUUCCUUCCUUCCAUGACUUAAUAGACAGGACCCGGUGAGCUACCGUAUUUUUUGCUCUAUAAGACUCACUUUUUCCCUCCUAAAAAGUAAGGGGAAAUGUGUGUACGUCUUAUGGAGCGAAUGCAGGCUACGCAGCUAUCCCAGAAGCCAGAACAGCACGAGGGGUUGCUGCUUUCACUGCGCAGCGAUCCCUUCUGCUGUUCUGGCUUCUGAGAUUCAGAAUAUUUUUUUUCUUGUUUUCCUCCUCCAAAAACUAGGUGCGUCUUGUGGUCUGGUGCAUCUUAUAGAGCGAAAAAUACGGUAUUUUAAGCAUGCUUGAAGAUGCUCAGCUGAUUUUCCCCUUGCAAUGUCCUUACAACCCCAUAAUAUUGCAAACUGUUUUUAAAAGCCCUCACCAUUUCAAACAUUGUUUGUUAUGUGGUAUGAGGGGAGUAGCUACAGUUUGCCUGAAACCUUGCGGGUGCAGAACUGCUUGCGUUGUUCUUUUGAUCCCGGCAAAUAUCAAUGAAAUUCAACAUUUGGAAUUUUCCUUUUUCCUCCUCCACUGUAUUUACAAGAAAAAAUUUGAUCUUAUGUUAGCAAUGUCUGCAGACUGAUCCGGACAAAAGACCAUCCUGUACUGAGCUGCUGCAGUGUGAUCUGUUCAACAAAGAUUCCUUCACUGAAAGGUGUGUGGCUUUUCCUUGUUUAGCGGAGCUGGGCCUUAAAAGGAAACAGUACUGAGAAUUUUUGGGCAUUGCAGUCAGGGUUUCCUAUAACUCUGUCAGUGCCCAUAAUUCCUUGAGGGGAAGAAUGUGCUUCUAGUGGGCUUUAAAUUUACAUACUGGAUCUCAGAGCCCAUCUUGGGAAAUGAAAGCUUUCAAGGGGAGAGGUGCAAAGAAAAGGUUUAGUACUUUCUGGUUCUCCUUUGACUACUUCACUGCAAACCCCCACUCUCUGCUGUCGGAAGUGAAUUUUGAAGUACCACUGCCAAAUGUCUAGUACCACCACCAGAUUUAGGGCGGUUCCCCUUAAGGCAGGGGUCAGCAGACUUUAUCAGCAGUCCCUCAGACCUUGUGGGGGGCCGGACUAUAUUUUUUUGGGGGGGAUGAACAAAUUCCUAUGCCCCACAAAUAACCCAGAGAUGCAUUUUAAAUAAAAGCACGCAUUCUACUCAUGUAAAAACACCAGGCAAGCCCCACAAAUAACCCAGAGAUGAAUUUAAAUAGAAGGACACAUUCUACUCAUGUAAAAACAUGCUGAUUACCGGGCUAUCCGGGGGCCGGAUUGAGAAGGCGAUUGGGCCGCAUCCGGCCCCCGGGCCUUAGUUUGCCUACCCAUGCAAUGGGUAGGCAGUGGGUUUUUACAUGAGUAGAAUGUGUGAUUUCCCACAUUGUCCUAUUUUUUUUUUUUUUUUUUAAAGCUACCAUUUGCAGUCAUGGAAGUUGCUGUAGUUGAAAUUUCUGAAUCCCCAGCUCAGAUUACCAUCUUUUCACGUGAGCCGUAUGAACUGAGGGGGGAAAUGGAGAGAGGGGAGCAAUGGGAUAUCAUGUGUGAAUUUUAAGUCCACAGAUUAUAUGCAUGCUUCUUGUUCUGAUCUCUUUUCCUUCCCCUCUUAAGAUGCUGGAGUUAUAUUUCUCUUCUCCCUUUUUUAUCUCCAAGGGUCGCUUUGAGUUUCGCUGUUCAUUUACCUUACAAGUUUGUGGUGAUAUUAAGGUUGAGGCAGAACAUAUUAUCCAGAGUCCUUGUCGCAAGGGAGAGGAUUCCAGUAUAAUAAUAAUAAUAUAAUUUAUUAUUUAUACCCCGCCCAUCUGGCUGGGUUUCCCCAGCCACUCUGGGCGGCUCCCAACCAAAUAUUAAAAACACAAUACAGCAUUAAACAUUAAAAACUUCCCUAAACAGGGCUGCCUUCAGUGUGUUCAGAAUUUCGUCUACAGUGCAAUUAAUUUAAAAAAGGUUUCAUUUUGUACAUGUGCUCUUCUUCUUCAAACACAAAAAAUAAAGGUUCACCCAGGAACUUAAAGCAAAGAUCCAGAAAGAAAGAGACCACCCUUUGCCCAAGAAAUCGAAAAUAAGCAGGAAAGACAAAGACGAUUCCGGUGAUGAAAAGAAAGCGCUUGUAAUCCAGGUAUGUGGAACUUGGUUUAUUCUUCCGUAUUCCUAUCUGUAAUGCCAUGUUCUGAGUCAGACCAUCUCCACUGGUCUUGUCUCUGCUGAUGAAGUUCUCAAGUUAAAAGUUGCUGAGAAUGGAGGAGAACAAGAAGGAAGGAGGAUAGUUCCUGAUUAGGAAGAAGAAUUGUUGGUGAUGCCACUAGCAAAUUCAUGCCAGGCAAGAUACCGUAUUUUUUGCUCUAUAAGACUCACUUUUUCCCUCCUAAAAAGUAAAGGGAAAUGUGUGUGCGUCUUAUGGAGGGAAUGCAGGAUGUGCAGUUAUCCCAGAAGCCAGAACAGGAAGAGGGAUUGCUGCUUUCACUGCAUAGCGAUCCAUCUUGCUGUUCUGGCUUCUGAGAUUCAGAAUAUUUUUUUUCUUGUUUUCCUCCUCCAAAAACUAGCUGCGUCUUUUGGUCUGGUGCGUCUUAUAGAGCGAAAAAUACGGUAGAUGCCAGCAGGCAGUAAAUCACACUGUUCAAAGUUGGAAUUAACUCUUUGUUAGCAAAAACACUGUUAUAAGGGGGAAAAACGUGCUCUUUUCCCCUUAUGGGGUAUCCAAGAGCCCAUAUAGAGUCCUUAAGUGGGUUCCCUAUUGGCAGGAGAAAAUAACAGAGGCCAACCAGAGAAUAUUGAGAAGCAAAGCAGCUAGUAAGCCUGAUCUCUAUUAAACUGUUGCAACAGGGUCCCCACUCAUCACACGAAGGAGGGAGGAGGAACCCAGAACAAUGGUGUGCAAGCCCUUAUAUAGACUUUUGAAACUGCCCACCCUAUAGCCCAAGACCACCCCCCUAAAACAUCAUACACGCAUCACAGAAGGAGGCGGGUCUACAGCAGAAAUCCUGUCUGCCAGGAUACCUGUUAAUGGUCGCUGGUUGCAUUACCUGGGCAGCCUGGCCAUUCUUUGGUGGUGGCAAACUCAGCCCUCCGGAUGUUUUGGGACUACAACUCCCAUCAUCCCUAGCUAACAGGACCAGGGGUCAGGGAUGAUGGGAAUUGUAGUCCCAAAACAUCUGGAGGGCCAAGCUUGCCUAUGCUUGCUUUAGUUCCUGAAUGCAGGACACAGGCUCGGCCUAUUCAUACAAAAAUAUGCCCUAAAGACAGGAUUUGCAAGCAAAAGACAGCGGGGAGGUUUUCCCAUUUCCUUUCUCCUUGCAGAGAAAUAUUUGAGGUCAAUUUGGGAGAAUCAAAAUGGCUUCAGGACUGCUCUCCUGUACUAUUUCAGACACGUGGUUUAUAUACUUCAUCAUUUUCAUCAUCGUCUUUCUAUCUUAACAAUACUCAAGGCGGUUUACAAGCUGAAGAAACAAAAAACGUGCAUCUUAUAACAAUCUAAUGCAAUUCAAAAAUGUGAUAAUGAAACAGAACUUUAAAAUAAGCAACCUACAUAAAAAAGUAACAUUAUUAUUUUAUACUAUUCUAAUAAUUGUUGCAUAUCAACAUAUAAAAGUUAAACAGAAAUCCACUCAACAGUUACAAUAAAUAAUUUCUAAUUAUGUAUGUGUUUGCCUUGUACAUUUAUUUAUGAAUGUUUAAUUUAUGUUUGGGACCUUAGAAUUCUUAUAACACGAUAUCCGCAGACUUAGCUGUCAGGCCUGAGCAGCUUAUCCCCAGUCGUUCUGGACCCAUGAAUCAGUUACAGAGACUGAAAUUCCCCUUCUCCCCAAAGUCACCCAUCCCCUCUUCUCCAGGGCUUUCCCCCAAGCCACCUGACACUCAUUUUUUUAACACUACGAUGCUUGUGUUUGAAACAGGACUUGGGCAUGGAAUCCAAGCUGAAAGACUCCAAGCUGUUCAGAAUGAAGUUGUCCAAGGUUGACACUGAGAAAUCGGACAGAGCUUCAAAUGCGAGUUUCCUGUAUGAGAGUGGAGUUGGGCAGGUCAAGGCGAUUCCCUCGACAACUUUGAAAGAUUCCAGUAGCAGCCUGGAUUAUGUGAAAAAUCCCAGCACCGUGAUCCCUCCCAUUACACAGAAUUAUUCCACCAUAUCCUCCAGCAUCGGUGGAAACCCUGGCUUGGGGUCAAAACUGGGAAUGCAUAAUUACAGGUAAAGUAAAAUAACAAAGUACCUUUCAGGGCUCCCUGCUUCAUUCUAGCAUAGGUCUGGCGCUGUAUAUUGAGCAUGUAGAUGCCCUUGCAUCUUGCCUAAUUCAAGCUAAGACCCACUUCACACAUUACAUUUAUAAUUAUACAAGAAUAAUUAUACUUGUUUAACCAUGUACCGUAUAUUUCGCUCUAUAAGACGCACCAGACCACAAGACGCACCUAGUUUUUGGAGGAGGAAAACGAGAAAAAAAAUAUUCUGAAUCUCAGAAGCCAGAACAGCAAGAGGGAUCGCUACGCAGUGAAAGCAGCAAUCCCUCUUGCUGUUCUGGCUUCUGGGAUAGCUGCGCAGCCUGCAUUCGCUCCAUAAGACGCACACACAUUUCCCCUUUCUUUUUAGGAGGGGAAAAGUGAGUCUUAUAGAGCAAAAAAUACGGUAAAUAUUUUAACAAGAAUAGUAGUGUUGGGAUGCGUCUGGGGAGGCGGGGGCAUUUGGCAGGCCCCCAGCUGGCUCCAGCCCACUGGCCAGCAGCUGGGAGAACUCUGGUUCUCAGAACACCAUCAAAACUGUGACUCAAGCCUCAGAGACCAUUAGGGACUGAGCACGCAAGCCAGCAGAGGUAAGAACUCUUUGCAACGGAAGUAGCAGACAGAGGCAUAUGUAAGCAUAUUUACAAGCGUUUAUUCAGUGGUCUAAACCACAGAGCGUAGGGCUUGCCGAUCAGAAGGUCGGCAGUUUGAAUCCCCGCGACGGGGUGAGCUCCCGUUGCUCGGUCCCUGCUCCUGCCAACCUAGCAGUUCGAAAGCACGUCAAUGUGCAAGUAGAUAAAUAGGUACCACUCCGGCGGGAAGGUAAACGGUGUUUCCGUGUGCUGCUCUGGUUCGCCAGAAGAGGCUUAGUCAUGCUGGCCACAGGACCCGGAAGCUGUACGCCAGCUCCUUCGGCCAAUAAAGCGAGAUGAGCGCCGCAACCCCAGAGUCGGCCACGACUGGACCUAAUAGUCAGGGGUCCCUUUACCUUUACCUUUAACCAUGUAAAUAUUUUAACAAGCAUAGUAGCUCGUUAGGGAGCUGUGAUUGGCUGCACCAACCUCCAUGGUUGGUGCCGAGGAUAUUGUUGUAUGAAACAGUCCUUAAUGCUUAGCACUUUCUACAGUGCUCUGAUAAAAUAGUCAACCUCCUUUCAGUGUCUCUUAAUAUAUUAUCCUUGCGUUGCAGAAAGGGAAUGGGGGUCGAGGGCUUAAGUUUGCUGGUCCUAAAACCACUGGGUACAUUUGUGACUGAGGCGAGAUUUGAGUCAGAACUUGACACAGUUCAGGCUUAAGUUGAAGUGAAUGGAUCAAUCCCGGUGAUUCAUGGCUUUUGGUUGGCUUUUCUGGGUUCCAGGAUUUCUGAGUCCUUGGUAUACCUUUUUAUGACAAAGUUAGGUCUGUUUUCCAUAGGACAUAUACUGAAUAGGUACUUAAAAGUAUCCCAUGUUCACUAUCAUGGAUUUUUUAUGUGUGAGUUCUUCCCAUUAACUGUGCUAGAGGAGCAUGUUGACACAACUUCCAUUUGCUAAUUAAGUGGCCUAAUUAAGCCCACGUCUGUCUUCUGAGCUUAUAACUUCCUGCUUGUGUGCUUCCCAGAGGCAUCCGGUUGGCCACUGGGGGAAACAGGAUGGUAUUCUCAAGAUACGACUUUUGAUUUGAUUGGUAAAUGCUGGAUUCAGAGUGGAGCUCGUUCUUUUUUCGUUUUGCCCCUCUAAAGGCUUUUGCAGACAAACAGGUCUUCCUCAGUCCUAGCCAACCUGCUCCACUCUUUGACGUGAAGGGCUGAGGAACCUGUGUGAUUUUUAGGGAAGUGGCCCACAACAACUUACGCCACAAUAAAUCUUACAGUCUUUUAGGUGCCCUGCAACUCUUUGAACCAGGCCAGAGACCCUAUCUGCAGCCCCUAUCUUCAUUACUCUUCCCUGGGUUUGCUGCCUAGUACAGUGGUACCUCGGGUUACAUACGCUUCAAGUUACAUACGCUUCAGGUUACAGACUCUGCUAACCCAGAAAUAGUACCUCGGGUUAAGAACUUUGCUUCAGGAUGAGAACAGAAAUCGUGCUCCGGCAGCGCGGCAGCAGCAGGAGGCCCCAUUAGCUGAAGUGGUACUUCAGGUUAAGAACGGACUUCCAGAACGAAUUAAGUACUUAACCCAAGGUACCACUGUAUUUAAUUCCAGCAACGUUUCUGCACGAUGCGUGCUUCCCAGCCAUGCCCGGAAAUAGUUCUGUCUGUUAGCCAUGAUGCAAUGUUUGGAAAUGGGUUUUUAAAAUAAUUUCACGCGAUCUCUGGAUUUUUGUGUGUUGCAUUUCCAGGAUUGAUGAGAAGUCUAAAAGAUACCUCAACCCUUUCCUAAAGCAAGGGAAAAAAUCACCCGUAGGACACUAUAGCAUCAACCUGACCGCAUCGGUAAGCUCUUUAAAAAAAAAAUUUCAGUGAGAGCAAGCAUGCUUCAGAGACUCUGUCACGGAACGCCUUGUUCUAAUACCUGUCCUAGGUUUGAAUUCAAUUCCUUUCUCUUUGUCUGAGAGUUGGUUGUGUUGCAAUUCUUGGCUAACGUCCUAAUGCAAGCACUGUGUUCUGCUUGAACUGCAUGAUAUAGAAACAAUAGGAGUGGUUGGUUUUUGCUGCCCAGCUCCCCAAGGGACCGAGUCCUCUAAGUCCAUGAUCGGACAGAGAUGAUGAUGAUGAUGAUGAUGAUGAUAAUGAUAAUGAUAAUAAUAAUAAUAAUAAUAAUAAUAAUAAUAAUAAUUUAUUAUUUCUACCCCGCCCAUCUGGCCAGGCUUCCCCAGCCACUCUGGGCUGCUUUCAACAAAAUAUUAAAAUACAGUAAUGCAUCAAACAUUGAAAGCUUCCCUAAACAGGGCUGCCUUCAGAUGUCUUCUAAAAGUCUGGUAGUUGUUGUUCUCUUUGACAUCUGGUGGGAGGGUGUUCCACAGGGAAGGCGCCACUACCGAGAAGGCCCUCCGCCUGGUUCCCUGUAACUUGGCUUCUCAUGGUGAGGGAACCGCCAGAAGGCCCUCGGCGCUGGACCUCAGUGUCCGGGCUGAACGAUGGAGGUGGAGACGCUCCUUCAGAUAUGAAUGGAUGGAGGCAGGAGGCAGUGAAAGCAAGACAGAUCUUUAUUUUUCUGCUGCAACUGAAUUCCUCCCCCCCCCCCCCAGCAAGGAGGCAAGAGAGACCCAGAACCCAGAAGAAAAUCUUUCUUUUAAGGGUUUUCAUUUUGGUGUGGAGAAGGAGGACAUCCUCUCUACGAAAAGUCAGAAAUUACAUCACACGUAAGGUGGGGUUACUCUGCCUCAGACAGGCCAAGGUGUGAUUUUCCUGAGGAUUUAGCAAGUUUUACAUAGUUCCAGACACAGUUUACACAAAACAUUACCAUUUGAUAAAACCAUGGGUAGGCAAACUAAGGCCUGGGGGCCUGAUCCAGCCCAGUCGCCUUCUAAAUCUGGCCCAUGGACGGUCCGGGAAUCAGCGUGUUUUUACAUGAGUGGAAUGUGUCCUUUUAUUUAAAAUGCAUCUCUGAGUUAUUUGUGGGGCCUGCCUGGUGUUUUUACAUGAGUAGAAUGUGUGCUUUUAUUUAAAAUGCAUCUCUGGGUUAUUUGUGGGGUAUAGGAAUUUGUUCAUUUCCCCCCUUCCAAAAUAUAGUCCAGCCCCCCACAAGGUCUGAGGGACAGUGGACUGGCCCUCUGCUGAAAAAGUUUGCUGACCCCUGGAUAAGACCAUCGAGAUGCCCCUCAGACAUCCCUCAAUGUGGAGCAUCUGGGCAAACAAUGACAAUUAAUACAAAUGAGGUUCCUAGAUAUAGGAGAGGAAUCCCUUCAGGAACUUGCCCUGGUUGUUCUCUGCCUAAGUGUUCUCAAGCAAGGGGGAUGAAGGAGGCAGAGGAAAUACUGAGAGUCUUUAGGAAAGCUAAGAUGGCUUUGGUUUGCUCCCCUGUACUAUCUUAGACAUGUGGUUUAUAUACUUACCGUACUUUUCCGUGUAUAAGACGAUGGCUUUUUCUUUUAAAAUGAUAUUAAAAAAUUGGGGCAGGGACGUCUUAUACACGGUCAGUGCAUAUUGGUGACAUGGGAUUGGUUGCUUCCGCUAGCCAGAGAUUGUCAGAGGCUAUUGUGCAUGUUAUUGGUGGCUGAGACAAGGACUGGUGUUGAUUUGCUGUUGCUGCAGCAAUUGGGCAAGCGAUUGGCGGCUUCUGCCGGCGAGGGGACAGACGAUAGGCGGCUUAAUUUCUGGCAACUCCCCCCCCCAAAAAAGCUCAAAAACUCUGGGCAAUCUCCCCCCAUUUCCUUAAGUUGUAGUCCCCAAAAAGUCUUAUACAUGGUGGGGUGUUAUACACAGAAAAAUAUGGUAUGUGUGUGUGCAAUUAUCAGCAUUUAUUCUGGAUUCAGGUAGGUUGGUCUGACGCAAUCGAAAUAUAUAAAAUAAAUGGACAAUUAUUUUUUUUAAAAAAUCAUAUUUCGACAGCAUUUAUUCUAUAUUUGAGACCUUAGAAUUCCUAUAACAGGCAGAACUACGGCUCAAUGUCAGAGUGCAUGUAGGAGGGUCCCAGCAUUUUCAGGCAGGACUGGGAGAGACCCCCACCUGAAACGGUACUGGAUAUCUCCACUGGCUCCCUUCUCCACGGCUUCCUCCUUCUCAGCCUUGGGAGACAUCGCGCCAACUGGGCUGAUUUGCUUUCAAAAUCUAGACUGCUUUUGAACAUAGCUGUCAACCGUCCCUUAUUUGGCGGGAAAGUCCCUUAUCCCAGCGCCAUGUCCCGCUGCUGUCCCUUAUUGAUGAUGUCCCUUAAAUUUCCCAGGUUUCAAAGGAAGCUGCUCCUCUCCCUGCCGGCCAGGGAGGAGGGAGGCUCCAACUGUGUUCCGUGGCUGCGUUGCUCACCCAAUAAGGAGUCUAAGAACGACUGGAGGGUGGAGCUUGCAUGCCUUGUGCCGAUCAAAUCGGCCGCGUUGCCUGGGGACUCGCCUUUGCUCAGCGCUUCCCAGUGGAGAGGUGACAGUGUGGUUUUCCUUGCUGCAUCCCCUUUGCCGGGUUGCUGCGCUGUGGGAACCACCGCUUGAGGCUUCGUUUGGCUGCUGGCUGGGCUUUCUGCCUUUGGCUUGGAGGGGCUCAGAAGUUGAACAUACCUGUGCUCUGAAAAAUCCCUUAUUUUGGCUGCUGAUCCCUUAUUUUCGAGGCCGCUGGUCCCUUAUUUUCAAAUCUGUAAGUUGACAGCUAUGCUUUUGAAUAGUAUCUCUCUUGGUCCAGAUCUCGUUUCCUGUCUGGAGCCUAGUAUAUCUGAAUGAAACUCUGCUUUUAACCAUUCCUGCCUUGGCCAGUCAGAUGAGGGAGCCCAGAGAUAGUGGAUGUUGGUACUUUGUAUAAUCUUUGUAUGUUAUGGAAAGUGGCCUUUAAAAAAGUACUAAAUGUAGACCAUGGAUUAGGGUUGUUGUUUUUUAAAAGCAACGUUUUCUUCAUGUUUUCACCAAUUAACGGCUUGGUAACAGGUCUCGAAUGAAAACAACGUUCUUCAGACAAACAAGAAACGAUGGGAGUUUUCCAAAACAGAUGUACGUUUGCCAGAGCUUAACUACGGCUAUCUCCCUGAACUCAAAGGGGUGGACGGUAAGAGUUCAGGAUAGAUAUCCAACCAAUUAUGGGAUCUAGCAGCUAAAUAAUAAUGAUACAGUGGUACCUUGGUUCUCAAACUUAAUCCGUUGAAGAAGUCCGUUCCAAAACCAAAGCAUUCCAAAACCAAGGCGCGCUUUCCCAUAGAAAGCAAUGCAAAACGGAUUGAUCCGUUCGAGACUUUUAAAAACAACCCCUAAAACAGCAAUUUAACAUGGAUUUUACUAUCUUACGAGACCAUUGAUUCAUAAACGAAAGCAAUAAACAAUGUACUGUACUAUAAAAUAAAUAAAACAGUAUCGUAGAUGAUAAAAACUAAAAUUAAAUUUUUUCUUACCUGCGCUGAUCAUUGUCUGGAUGGGGGGCUUUUAUCCAUUUCUGCCGUCGCAAUCAAUCAGUAACUGAACUGGGAUCCACACAGUCACAAAAACAAAUUAACUAAAAAAGCCUCAAAACAAAAAAAAACGCAAAAUAAAUAGCAAAAACAAAAGCACCAAAUAUCAGCUCCAAAUAUCACGUCAGAACACUGCAACCAGAAACAGAAGGUUUGAAUUACAAUGGGGGAGGGACACAAAUUAGCAGUGCAACAGGAAACACAGGGGGACUCAAAAUGGAGCACGUUCGGCUUCUGAAAAAUAGUUCGAAAACCGGAACACCUACUUCCGGUUUUGCAGUGUUCAGGUUCCAAGUUGCUUGUGAACUAAGCUGUUUCGAAAACCAAGGUAUCGCUGUAAUUUUUUUUUAAGAAAUGGGAAAAACAUGAACCUCGAAUGAACUUUAUGAAAUUAGACUGUCCAUAGGAAAGUAAAAGUACGUAUUUAAGUGUAUGAAGUUUUGCCGUGCCCUUAGCCAGACACACAAAAGUUGUGAAUAAGCAGUUGAGAGAAACGUGUUGUUAGAUUCAGCUUUGAUGUUUUACAUUCCUGGGAUAGUUCUUGGAAUUAGUGAUGUGCUUCCAACUUGCACAGAUAAGUUCAUUCCAAAAAUGCGCUAAUUGAUGCAUGUGUACAAAUGCUCAGCCCAUAAUGAUCCACCCAUCGGCUUGUACAGGAGUUGUGAGGAAUCACGGUGCUUACCUGGCAAGAGUGAUCUUUAGUCCAGGUUUUCCCAUCCCUGCUUUUUGUGGUCAAACUUCUACAAAAAAAGGGCGUGGAAAUGGGGGCGGAGUGGGGGGAACCAGCUAAGCAGAUGUGACCCACGUUCAGAUAAAUGAACAUAAAUAUCAAAAUAGCUUGUAAUGUUUGUGUAAGCCAAAUCAAAAGAAAAAUGUGUUAGGCUGCGAGCCACAGGAAGGAGAGACUACUUUCGCAAGAAAAGAAUGACGAUAAGAUGAUGUGAAAACAAAUUGUGUUGCCUUCGUCCGUAGCUCGGAAUUCCAGAUUUCUGAAGAAAGAAAACAAAAUUGUUUCCGAGUCUCGCAUGCCGUCUCUCGCCACAAUAGAUCUUCAGAAUCCGAACCUCGCCCUGCACCAGGUACUAAAUCGCUCAGAAUGAAUGAAUGAACUUUAUUACGGUCUCAAACCAGGAUUAAAAAGCAUAUAGAUAAAAUAGCAGUUAGGAUUUUUUUUUAACCGAUAAUUGUUAGAGCAAAUGAGGACAAGGAAACAGGCAUAGGAUAAAACAUCUGGAUAAAAUUCAAGAUUAAACAUGGAUAAUGGAUGGGUAAAAAACUGAUAAUUAAAACAGAUAAGAACUAAAAACAAACAAGGACACGCAGUUAAAACAACUGUAAGAGCAUAAGAACUAAAAGACUUGCAGUUAAAACAACUGUAUGAGGCUGCAGAGUAGAAGCCUCUUAAAUAGAGGACACGCACAACAUUAGAAACUGCUGUGCAGAUAUGGUUAAAACAGACAAUUAAAACAAAUGUACAACACUAAAUUUAGCAACAAUGUCCAACAAUAAACUGUCCCAGGGAGUUGACUCAGAAUCACCCAUGGAACCGAGUUUGGGGCUUUUCAUGCCGGACUAUUUUGAGUUGGGCGAACUCGCCCAGAGUUUGGGAAGGAGAGGGUAAUUCUCCAGCUAUUGAGCUAGUAAGUCAUUUCUGUGAGAUGUCUGUCUCCACAGUCCACGGGGCUUGUAGGAUGCAGGAUGUGCCUUAGAGAGGUGCCCAAGCCACAGAGGUCCAGGUUGAACCCAGUUGGCCCUUGUGCCAUGUGACUCCUGUUGGCUUCUGGGAAACCACUGCUUCGAGACUCUUGGGAAUAGAGAUGGUGAUUUGUAGUGUUUUGAUAUGCCAACGUUCAUUCUCCUUGCCCUGCCUUUUAGAAAGCAACAGAGCCUAUAAUUAUAAUAAGAAUUUAUUAUUUAUACCCCGCCCAUCUGGCUGACUUUCCCCAGCCACUCUGGGCGGCUCCCAAUCGAGUGUUAAAAACAAUACAGCAUUAAGUAUUAAAAGCUUCCCUAAACGGGGCUGCCUUCAGAUGUCUUUUAAAGAUAAGAUAGCUGCUUAUUUCCUUCACAUCUGAAGGGAGGGUGUUCCACAGGGCGGGUGCCACCACCAAGAAAGCCCUCUGCCUGGUUCCUUGUAACCUCACUUCUUGCAAUGAGGGAACCGCCAGAAGGCCCUCGGCGCUGGACCUCAGUAUCCCGGCAGAAUGAUGGGGGUGGAGACGUUCCUUCAGGUAUACUGGACCGAGGCCGUUUAGGGCUUUAAAGGUCAGCACCAACACUUUGAAUUGUGCUCGGAAACGUCCUGGGAGGGACUUUGAGGGAGGGACUUUGUCAAAAGUUUUUGGGAAGCCAGAGUGUAUAAUCUCUACUGAAUCAUGCAUAUCUACAUGCUUGUAAAGCCCUAAAAGGCUUUGGCCCUGUAUACCUGAUGGAGCUUCUCCACCCCCAUAAUUCAGCCUGAAGGGGCUUUCUGGCGGUUCCCUCACUGCGAGAAGUGAGGUUACAGGGAACCAGGCAGAGGGCCUUCUUGGUAGUGGCGCCCGCCCUGUGGAACGCCCUCCCAUCAGAUGUCAAGGAAAUAAACAACUACCUGACAUUUAGAAGACAUCUGAAGGGAAGUUUUUAAUGACUGGUGUUUUAUUGUAUUUUUAAUCUUUUGUUGGGAGCCGCCCAGAGUGACUGGGGAACCCCAGCCAGAUGGGUGGGGUAUAAAUAAUAAAUAAUUGUUAUUAUUUUUAAGGGGGUGAUGUAAAAGAAAUUUAAAUUCACAGGGAGUUGGUCUGUCUUUUUGUUUUGAGAAUGAGAUUUUUAUUUUAAAAUUUCCAUAAUACAGUAGAAUUGCCGCUACCAAAAAUGCAUGUCAAAUAAGUAGAAAAUUGAGGCCUCUCUCAAAAGGUAAUUAUUAGCUCUUGCCACCCAUAGAGGAUAGUAGCUGAUCCCAGUUCUCACCUGGGGUCUUUCCUUUUCCCUCCCAGCCUUUCACUUUGGGAGACCAAAAUUUCCCUGUCUCUCAUCCAUCUAGAGCUGUGGUGGUGAACCCAUGGCACGCGUGCCAGAGGUGGCACUCAGAGCCCUCUCUGUGGGCACGCGCACUGUCGCCCCAGCACUGAGUGAAAUGGCGAUCUCAGCCCUUGCGCCAUCUUGAAACGGAGCUGUAGGAGGCUGCUGGAGGAGCGCUUGUGCCCAUGCACACUGCAAGUGUGUGUGUGUCUGUGUCUGACGAAGACGGGUAGUUGAGAUUUUUGCUGUGCAUAACGUGAGGGAAUGCGAGAGGGUGGCUCUCUGUAUGCGUGCGUGUGUGAGGGAGGAAGGGAGUGUGCGAGCCCGUGUGUUUGAUGUGGAUGUAUGGAGGAGGGUGCCAGAGUUCAUAAGUCCCUUUCUUAAAACGAUUGUGUUGUCGCUGCUGCUGCGUGUCUGCCUGCCUGCCAGCUACUCUCUGUGCGUGUGCGUGGUGGAGUGGAUCCAGGCCAGCCAGGCAUUGGCACCCAAAAAAAGCUCAACAACUCUGGGCAAUCUCCCCCCCCCCCUUAUCUUAAUUAGGAGGCCCCCCCCAACAGGGAGUGUGUUAUGCCCAGAAAAAUACAGUAAAUUGCGGUGUUGGCACUUUGCGAUAAAUAAGUGGGUUUUGCAUUGCAGUUUGGGCACUCAGUCUCUAAAAGGUUUGCCACCACUGAUCCAGAGAGUAGGUCUAUCAAUGGCUGUUAGCUGUCUUGUAUGGCACUUCCAUAUCGAGAGAUAAUAUUUUAAGAGGGCCUCCAAGUGGUUUAUGGAAAUACCUCUGAAUAUCAGUUGCCACAGAUUUACUCAAUUUACUCAAUUUGCAGGUAUCUGGAAUAUCUCUGCAAGACGCUUCAGACUCCACUUUCCCCAGAGUAGAGCAUUAACGUCAAGUGAGACGGAAGGGUCUCGAUCCUGCAAGUGUCUGCAAGUGCUUCUACACCCCUGUUGCCUUUUGGGAAGUGCAGAAUCCCUUUGAGGAGGAUAUACAUGGGAACAGGGGUGAGGGCGUGUGUUUUCACCACAUUCUAGGUAAUGGCAGCAAAAGGAGACAAAUAUUCCCAAUUUCUUUACAGUUGCCAAGGUGCUAUAAGACUAUAAUGUAUAUAAAAUGUCAUCUGGAUUGAAUUAUUUCAGUGCGUCUGGGACAAACGAUACCAGUCAUGGCAGUGUCAGGCUUUUAUGAGUUUUAAGUACUGCCCGGCGUCUUUUUCCGGAAGAGGUCUGGGAGUAGCGUAGCUAUUUUUUCAGAAUCCUAGUACAAAUGUGAAGCGCUUCAGUACUUGAACGACUCCCUGGCACUCGUUACACUUUCUCCAGGAAAGAAUCUUUCGUCACAUGCAAAUAUUGUCAAGUGAGACGUGGAAAUGUGUGUUUGUAAACUGCUAAGCAUGAUGUGCUGGUUUCCUGCCUCAAACUCCCUCACGGGGAGUCUGCUUUUGUGUUUUGCAAACGUGCGUUUCUUGCUCGGUGGAGCUUUCCAUUCUAGAUUCCCACUGCGCAGACAGCAAACUCCCUUUCUGUAUAAUGUGCAGAUCAAAGCCCUAAGAACUCAGUAAUAUUAAAAACGGCCUUUGCAAAUUCCUCUUUCAUCUUACGAGAAAUGAAUAUUUCAUACCUGCAGUAUAGAUAUAUUCAUCCGUGAGGCCAGUGGUACAGGAGUAGCUUUGCCAGAAAUAGCUUGCAUGAUGCUGCAAUGUUAGAUCAUAUAGUUUUUGCAAUCUCUAAAGGAAAGAAAGGAUUUUAACUGUUGUCAAUGCUGACUUGUGUAUGUGGUGGCUACAAAACAGAUUACUUCUAAGUAGUUCUCCUUGGGUUCCCACUAACCAUAAUAAGAUGUGUAUACUGAUUGCUGCUCAGAUUGUAAGAGUACCUGAAAUCUUCUGUAGCAGUUAUGUACGUCAGGAGGUCCUACACACGAGUAAGAGUCUGGCAGAGACACAUGCCUGACUGGCAUGUUCUCUCCCUCCUGGUUGGUUGUUCGGGAGAUUCAAAAGCUUUCUCCAGCCCAAACAUCACAGCGACUGAUACCUCAGAGCAUAGCUGUCAACGUUUCCCUUUUUUUAAGGGAAAUUCCUUUAUUCCGAAUAGGAUUCCUCGCAAGAAAAGGGAAGUUGACAGCUAUGCCUCAGAGGCAUCAGCACACUUCAGGAUCAGCAGAGUAUAGGCAGUCAGCGUUCAGACUCAGUAGCACAGCAUUUUGGCUAAACUACGUUUAUUUACGUAUACGUUUAUUUCCCUAUGUUUAGGGAAGCUUUUAAUGUUUAAUGUAUUACAGUAUUUUAAUAUUUUUUUGGAAGCCGCCCAGAGUGGGUGGGGAAGCCCAGCCAGAUGGGCGGGGUAUAAAUAAUAAAUUAUUAUGAUUAUUAUACACACUUGGAGCAUCGUAACUCCGCUCCUUCCUCUUCAGCAUCAGACAGCAAAGAGAAAGAACAAAGGACAAAUGUCCUACAUCACGAAAACACAGUCAUAAAAACAUCCUGUCUCCGUCACUUCCCACAAUGUGGAAUGGAAACAUACAUGGUCAUGUGAUAAAAAUAAUCCCAUGACUGCAACACGGGGAAUGAAUCCUAACACUGUAUACGUACAUCUAUGUUUCCUGGUAAUAUUGCAUAGAUUCAAUUCAACAAUUCAAUUCCACACUUCUUGUGGACCGCUUAGACGUUUCAUUAUAAUCAAGCGGUAUAUACAUUUUGUUAGAUAAAUAAAAACAUAUGGAGUCGCCCUUGUUCCUCAUUUUCCCCUUCACUCAUCCUAGGCUUGUAGCUCAAGCAUGAUGACUAUUUUAUCCUUGUCCUGAUUUUUUCUCAUGGAUAUUUUUGUGUAAAUUGAAAUAAAUGCCAUUCGUGUGCACAUAAUCCAGCCAUAUAGAGGGAAUUGUGCACAUUUCCUGGUCAGUAGGCAUAAUCUUCCAACAGGCCUUUUCUUAAUAGCGGCAUUGGGGGGGGGGGGGAUUUCCAUCAGAAUUGUGAAAGAGGGAGGGAAGGUUUAGAAGCUGUGCUGAAAAGAGAGCUGGACUUCGGGGGGGGGGUUAAUAUUUAGCUGGAGCCCCACCCCUUCUUAUUGCUCAGUUGGAGGGUACGAUUGUAAGAGUGUAAGAUUAGACAGGGGGCCAGAUCACACACCAAAUUACACUUCAGGCUGCAGAUUACACACUUCUGAACAAGAGAUGUAGGGAGGAAAGGCAUGUUGUUAUUAUUAUUACGGUAAUUUUUAUUGAAUUUCUAUUUUUUUUUAUAUAUAAAUGAUUUUUAUUAAGGUUUCAAAAAGAAAAAAUUAGACAGAAAGACAUAAAAAAAAAAAAUACACAAAUACACUAUACAUAAUCC